CCUUAUUAGACACAUAAGCUCUGCUCUAUGGCCAACAUCGGGUGACACUCCGAUGAGGAGUCUGUCGGAUGUUGCUGCCUGAACUGCUGGAGAUCCAGACGCAACCUUUCCUGUGUUUAAAGGGCAUCCCAAAAAAAGCACCGCCAGCAUGUUCCGUGGCAAACAGACCCGAGUGCUUCUCCUAAAUGACAUGGAGAGACUGGAGCGCACUCUGUUUCGCCUGGAGCAAGGCUUUGAGCUUCAGUUUCGCCUGGGCCCGACUCUACAGGGCAAAAGUGUUCAUGUUCACACCAAUUACCCAGCCUUGUACAAGAAGUUUGUGGCCUCCAGCUUCCGUCAGCUGGAGUGGGAAAACCCCAGCGGCAGAGAAGAUGACUCAGACAAAUACUGCAAACUGGACCUGGAGAUAGCAGGCUCUUAUCAGUAUUACUUUGGGUGUGGGAAUGAGCAGAGAACUGGAGGUGGAUACAUUGUUGUGGAUCCAGUUUUGCGUGUUGGUCAUGAGAGGAAGAUUCUCCCGCUGGAUUGCAUUACAGUGCAGACUUACCUGGCUAAGUGUCUGGGCCCUUUGGAUGAAUGGCUAGACAGACUCAAAGUGGCCCAGGAAACUGGCUACAAUAUGAUCCACUUCACACCUUUGCAAAAACUAGGCAUGUCAAAGUCAUGCUACUCCAUAGCUGAUCAGCUGGAGCUGAACCCUAAUUUCUCUCCACCUGGCAAAAACUACACCUGGAUGGAUGUGGGCAACCUGACAGAGAAACUUAAGAAAGAGUGGAACAUGAUUUGCAUCACAGACGUGGUGUACAACCACACAGCUGCCAACAGUAAGUGGAUCAGACUUCAUCCAGAGUGUGGAUAUAACCUGGUGAACUCUCCUCAUCUGAAACCGGCCUGGCUGUUGGACAGAGCCCUGUGGCACUUCAGCUGCGCCGUAGCGGAUGGAAAAUACGGCGACAGCGGACUUCCUCCUCUUAUUGAGAAUGAGAAACGCAUCACUAUCCUGAAAGGGCUACUCUGGACGGAGGUUUUUACGCAUCUGAAACUUUGGGAGUUUCUUCAGGUGAACGUUGAGAAAGCUGUGGAGCAGUUUAGGAAGGUUCUUCAAGCUGGUAACAAACCUGUGGGCCCGGAGCUGGAGGGAAAGCCAAAACUAAAAGUCAUCCAGGAUUCACAGUUUAGACGCCUCAGCAACACUGUAGACAUGCAACUGGCCUUGGAGAUGUUUGGCCGACACACUAAUGGCCCCAAAUCCAUCGAAGAGUGCUGUGAUUGGUUUAAGAAGAGUCUUGAGGAACUGAAUGUGGAAUGCUACAAGGAAAUGCACAGUCAUCAUGAGAAGGCUAUAGACUGCAUUGUGGGAACGGUCUGUUAUGAAAGAAUUGCCGCCCACGGCCCUCAGCUUGGACCUGUCACCCGGCAAAACCCUUUGGUGACGAGAUAUUUUACCUUCCCAUUUGAGGACAUGACCAUGGAGCAGGAAAUCCAGCUCAUGCAGAAUCCUAACGACGCUUGUCAUCUGCUCGCUCAUAAUGGAUGGGUGAUGGGAGAUGAUCCUCUCAGAAACUUUGCAGAGGCAGGGUCUACUGUUUACCUCAGAAGAGAGCUUGUUUGCUGGGGCGACAGUGUAAAGCUCCGCUAUGGCGACAAACCAGAAGACUGUCCGUACUUAUGGGCUCACAUGAAGAAGUACACAGAGAUCACAGCCAAACAUUUCUCGGGUGUGCGCCUGGAUAACUGCCACUCCACACCCCUUCACGUGGCCGAGGCCAUGUUAGCUGCAGCCCGAGUGGUCAGGCCCAAUCUUUAUGUGAUAGCCGAACUCUUUACAGGAAGUGAAGAGCUUGACCAUUUGUUUGUUAAUCGACUGGGGAUAACCAGUCUCGUCAGAGAGGCUAUGAGCGCUGGAGACAGUCAUGAGGAGGGUCGACUGGUCUAUCGAUACGGAGGAGAGCCUGUAGGGUCAUUCAUCCAGCCAAACCUCAGGCCUUUGGAACCUUCAGUUGCUCACGCUAUGUUUCUGGAUGUUACCCAUGACAACGAGUGUCCCAUUCAGGUUCGUUCAGCAUAUGACGCUCUGCCCAGCUCUGCUAUCGUCUCUAUGGCCUGCUGUGCCUCAGGCAGCACUAGAGGAUAUGAUGAACUCGUUCCUCACCAGAUUUCAGUAGUAAAGGAAGAGCGUCUCUACCCCAAGUGGACUCCUGAUGCACUGCCCUCUUUUGGUGGGGAGGUGAACCUACAGUCUGGAAUAAUGGCAGGGAAACUGGCUCUCAAUAAACUCCACCAAGAACUAGCAGAGAAUGGCUUCACCCAGGUUUACGUGGAUCAGCUGGAUGAAGACACAGUGGCUGUGACCAGGCAUUGCCCCAGCACACAUCAAUCUGUUGUUACAGUGUGUCGUACGGCCUUUAAAAACCCCAAAACACACCAAUUCAGAGAGUCUCUGGCACCCAUGUACAUCCCAGGUAAAAUCGAGGAGGUGAUUUUAGAGGCACGCACAGUGGAGAGAAGCGCUGAGUCAUAUGUGAAAGAUGAGACGUUCAUUAAUGGCUUGCCGAACUACACGGUCGAGAUCCGUGAACACAUCCAGCUUAAGGAGAGUCAAAUUGUAAAGCAGGGAGAUGCCACUACGAAAGGGCGCAGCGAGUUUGUUGAGGAAAUUUUGUUCGAAAAGCUCACGCCUGGUAGUGUCAUUGCAUUCAGGGUGAGCCUUGAUCCAAACUCUCAGAAAAUGGUGGGCUACUUGCGAACACAGCUCUCACAGUUUAACCGGCUGUUCAAAUCCGGCAGUCUGACUGACAACAACGUCGCCGGCAUCCUGAAAAUAUCUUUAGAAUUUUUAAUAUCCAAACUCUCUCUGGCGGAGCUCAAUGUGUUGUUAUUUCGCUGUGAUGCUGAGGAACAGGAAGACGGUGGUGGCUGCUAUAAUAUUCCCUCCUGGAUGCCUCUGAAGUAUGGAGGCUUGCAAGGUUUUGUGUCGGUAUUGUCUGAGAUUCGACCAAAAAAUGACCUUGGACAUCCGUUCUGUGACAAUCUGAGACAAGGCGAUUGGAUAAUUGAUUAUGUGAGCACUCGUCUGAUCAAUAAAGGCGGAGCUCUGCGGGAGGUUGGAAAAUGGUUCAACGCUGUAUUUUCAUACCUCAAGCAUCUUCCACGCUACUUAGUGCCAUGUUAUUUCGAUGCCAUUAUUGUUGGAGCGUAUGCCACAGCUGUAGAUGCAGUCUUCAACCAAAUGUCCAGCUUUGUUCUGAAUGGGUCGACCCUGGUCAAGCAGUUGGCCCUGGGGUCAGUUCAAAUGUGUGGGGUGGGUCGUGUCCCUGCCCUGCCGCCUCUGUCCCCUGAACUGGAGGACGUCCCGGUCCGAGUCAACAGUGCAACCAAGCAGGAGGAGCAGUGCUGUGUGUCUAUUGCGGCAGGUCUGCCACAUUUCUCGACUGGAAUCUUCCGCUGUUGGGGUCGAGACACUUUCAUAGCUCUGCGCGGCCUCAUGCUUUUGACAGGGAGGCACCUGGAAGCCAGAGACAUCAUCUUAGCCUUUGCUGGAACAAUGCGUCACGGUCUGAUCCCGAAUCUGCUGGGUCAGGGUGUCGCAGCCCGUUAUAACUGUCGUGAUGCAGUGUGGUGGUGGCUUCAGUGUAUCCAGGACUACUGUACCAUCGUGCCCAGCGGCACAGAUAUACUAAUGUGCCCUGUGUCACGUAUGUAUCCCACUGAUGAUUCAGAAGCGCAGGCCCUGGGGACAGUGGUUCACGACCAGCCGUUGUAUGUGCUCAUUCAAGAAACCAUGCAGCGUCACAUGCAGGGAAUCCAGUUCAGAGAGAGAAACGCCGGUCCGCAGAUCGACUGGAACAUGCAGCAUGAAGGCUUUAACGUGGAGGCCAAAGUAAAUCCCGAGACGGGCUUUGUUUACGGCGGAAAUGGCUUUAACUGUGGGACAUGGAUGGAUAAAAUGGGAGAGAGUGAUAAAGCCCUUAAUAAAGGUGUUCCAGCCACACCCAGGGACGGCUCUGCGGUGGAGAUUGUUGGUCUUAGUAAGUCAGCGGUGCGCUGGCUGAUCAUGAUGAAUGAGACUGGACAUUUUCCAUACUCCUCUGUCAAAAUACACAGAGAUGGAGCAGAACAGUCAAUCACCUAUAAGGAGUGGAAUCAAAGGAUCCAGGAGAACUUUGAAAAGUUUUUCUAUGUCUCAGACGACCCUGCAGAUCCAAAUGAGCAACGUCCUGACUUGGUUCACAAGAAAUGCAUUUACAAAGACAGUCAUGGGGCUUCUAGUCCUUGGUGUGACUACCAGCUCAGGCCCAACUUUACCAUCGCCAUGGUGGUGGCGCCAGAGUUGUUUUCGGUGCAAAGAGCCUGGAAAGCUUUAGAGAUUGUUGAAACCAAGCUUCUUGGUCCUUUGGGGAUGAAAACACUUGACCCAGAUGAUCUGGUGUACUGUGGUGUGUAUGACAAUGCCCUGGACAAUGACAACUACAACCGUGCAAAAGGAUUCAACUAUCACCAAGGACCUGAAUGGCUUUGGCUGGUUGGAUACUUCUUAAGAGCCAAACUUUAUUUUGGAAGGAAAAUGGGCCAAGAGAAGUACAAUCAAAGCGUGUUCCUGGUCAAGAAUGUUCUGUCUAGACUUCACAACCAUUUAGAAAGAUCACCUUGGAAGGGUUUACCUGAGCUGACCAAUGAAAACGGUCAGUACUGUCCAUUCAGUUGUGAAACGCAGGCUUGGUCCAUCGCCACUGUUCUGGAGGCUCUGUAUGAUCUAUGAAUAUAUCUUAGACUUUGUAGCUCUCCCAUGAUUUUCAUCUCUCCCCAGCCACCUACCUGGAAAAAUUCUGAGGAAAUUAUUUUACAUUCACAAUCUUCCAAACUCUUGUUGUAGUGACACUUUACCUUUUAAUCAUGUUAAAUCAUGUACAAAUCUUUACCCUUUUGUUAGUGUUUGCCAGAUUAGGUCGGUUAGAGUUCAUUUGCUCAAAAAUGAAAAUGAAUCUAUAAUUUAGUCACCCUAAGUGCAUCCUCUGUGUAUACAGUGUUCUUUUUUUUCAGUCAGUUUUUUAAAUGUACAACUACUGGGUCUCUCAAGCUUUACAGUGGAAACAGAGGCUGUUUUUCUUAAACAGUUUAAAACAAGUACAAUAAUGUGCAUCCAUCCAUAAUAAAAGUGCCUCACACAGCUCCAGGAGUAA